AGGGGGAGGAGGAAAUGGAGAAGACGCAGGGAAUCAGAGCAAAGAAGGGAGCGGAGAGGAAGCAGAAGAAGGAGGAGACGAGGAAGGCAACGAGAGCGACGAGAAAGAAAAAGACGGAGAAGUGGUGGAGGAUGACCUUGAAGACUGGGAGGAGAAGCUUAGUCACGGGCCGCUGUAUAUGCUGUAUCUUAAGAUAGAAGAAGGGGACGUGGUAGCGGCUUGGUACCAGGUUCUAGGUCCCCCUGAUCUUGAAAAGGCUCAGCAGGAAGAACCCGAUUCACUUGUGGCACAGUUCGGCGAAGAGGAAUUCGUCGUCCCGGCGUGGUUGCCUCGAAGUCGGGAACUCCAGCUACGUCUGGCAGCGAGGUUCUUCCCACCACCUCCUGAUGCCACUGUUCCGAGACUUUUGCUGUUGCCAGAUGCUGAUCACCAAGAGGUUUUGGAGCGCAUGGGCGUCAGCGGCGUGCAGGUGCUGGCUCACACGCAGCUCACUCUCCAGCAGGAAGCGAUUCAGUCCCUGCCCAGUCUCUCGGCCUCGCCCCUACUGGCCUCCGCUGCUGGUUCCUCCGUGCUGGCGGUGGUAGUAGCGGGCGAGGGCACGGAGGAGUGCGUGCAAGAGUUCGGGCCGCUACACUUGAGCUCGGACACCGCCAGCGCUAACGCCGAGGUGGAACUUUUCUUCCCGGAUUUCCUCGCCGCGCAGGAGAGCCAGGACGAGCCGCAGACGCAGAUGCAGAUCGAGCAGAGGAAGGAGGCCAAGUGA